GCCUUGCUUCUGCACCACCACCAUGGACCUCGACGUCUCAAUAUCGCCGCUCGUCACUCGCGAAUUUACUGCCGUCGUCCUCGCUGGCUUUGGUGCCGAGCUAAUACCUCUGACGAGCGACUACGGCGAUGAACCAUGUCCAAAGGCUCUUCUACCGGUCGUGAAUAGUCCCAUGAUAGACUAUGUUUUUGCUUGGCUGGAGCUCUCAGGCAUCAAGGACGUUGUGCUCAUUUGCCCGACGGUCCAUCGGCAUGCAAUCUCCAACCAUAUUCACUCGGAAACCAACGUGUCGUUACGCAUUGACUUGCAGACGUACGAUGAGAUCAUGGACGCCAGUGUCGGGACCUGCUCUUUGUUGCGGCACUUUGCCCACCGCAUACAGUCAGAUUUUGUCGUCUUGCCUUGCGAUUUCCUACCUCCACCCUCUCUUUCCCUUACCACCAUCUUGAACAAAUUUAGAUCUGACCGAAUAUCUGACGGCGCCAUCGCAACCACAUGUUGGUUUGCAUCGAAUGAGACGGAGAAAGCAAGUGAGCCGGAUGACUGGAGUCCUGCUUUUCCUCCAGUUGCCAUAGUGUGGGAUGAUAAAAGCGGCACUUUGCUUCAUGUCGACACUGCAGAUGACAGGGAGUUGAACGGUGAAGAACUGGAGCUUAGGAUGUCUCUUCUUACCUUAUAUCCACGAACCAAGGUGUCAACAAAAUACCGUGACUCACACAUUUAUGUCUGCCGGCGCACUGUCCUAGACCUGCUACAAGAAAAACCACACAUUGACUCAUUUCGAGAAGAAUUUAUUCCUUGGCUAUGCAAAGUACCAUACAAACGAUCACGAAGGGAAAAGUACAGUCAUGUACUCAAUCCCAUCACCAAUGCCCCCACCCAGAGCACAGCGCUCCUUCAUUCCACUCUGUACGACGAGCCACCAAUUCCAUCCUCAAAUUCCAAGGACUCUGCCAGCGACGAGGGUAGCGGAUCGCCUACUACAUCCAGUUUACGUGUGGGCAUCAUCUUUCAUCGCGACAAAGAGCCUGCUGCUCGGCUUAACACUCUUCAUGCCUACUUUGAGAUGAACCGCCGCCUCAUCACUCCCAGUGUUCCCACAGACAGGUCGCUCAUUGACCAGAAAGCACAGAUAUCCGCGGACAGUAUGGUCGGACCAUCGACAAAGAUAGGCGAGCGAACAUCGGUGAAAAAGUCUGUGAUUGGGAGUCAUUGUGUCAUCGGCAAGAUGGCCAAAAUUGUUGGAUGUGUGCUCUUGGACCACUGUGUUAUUGCAGAUGGGGCCAGGUUAGACGGAUGUAUCCUCGGAAAGAAUACAAAAGUUGGCGCCAAGGCUGAGCUUUCACGGUGUGUUACGCAAGCCGGGUAUGAGGUCAACGCUGGAGAAUCGGUGAAGAACGAGAGACUUGAAAUAUUGGACUGGACAGGAGCCCUUGACGAACAAGAGGAUUCGGAAGAGACGGAAUCUGAGAGUGAAGACGAGUAAUCUUAAAUCUUCAAGUUACCAGAGUCAUCAACUGAUU